AUGGCUGCUAUCGCCCACAAGCCCGUGUCCAACAUCGCCAUGGCCUUUGGGCGCCAGGAUAGUGGCCAUGCUACCUCGACCGGCACCCUCCCCACGCCCCCGAGCUCCAUCUCCCCGACGCUGCCUGCGCAGAAACGGCGCCCCAUGCCCGUGGCUGGGCGCGUACAGACACCGGACGAGUCCAUGGAUAUCGACCUACAAGAUGCUGUAGAGCACGCGGCAGCGCAGGACCAGCCCUCGGCCCUGUCCAAGGAGGCGCUGGCAGGCCUGGAUGCGACACGUCAGAUUACAGCGCUGAUGCUGGCCAAGCACCACCUGCCGGACAUCAUCGUCGGCCACGGCGCCAUGCCCAUCCGCGAAAUGAUGGCGCAUCUGACACAGGCGGUCCCGGGCUUCUCCGGACUUCCCCCUGCAAAGGCGCGCAGGUUAGUCGUCGCUGCGCUGGAACAUCGCGCUGGCGGCGGUCUCCACGGGGAGGUCAAGUUUGAGAAGGUCGGCUGGGGGCGCUGGAGCGUAGCCGGCUCUUCGUCCCAGGCCCGAGGGAUGCCCAUCGGUGGCAAGCGCUCUGGAAACGGGCGGACACCACCGGCGAGUGUCGAUAGCAUAGGGGGCAGUCCUCACAUCUCCAAGCUGCGACAAGAACGCGACGUCUACUCUGGCAGCUGGAACGCUGGCUCGUGGUCGCCCCAUCGCCAGGGCGAUGACGAGGACAUGGCCGACAAGAUGUCGCUGGACGACUCUGAAGGCAGCACCGACUCCGACUCGGCCUCGGAUAUGGAUUUAGAAGAAGAACUAAACGACGACACCGACCAGGAAGAUUGGGCAAAUAUGGACCCUGAAGCUCUUCGCGAGACCCGCUGCGGACCGCGCCGAGAACACCGCGAUUACAACUAUCUAAGCCGAACGCAGACCAGCAACCCGCGCUACCGGAGCAUAUCCGCCCAGGCCCACUCUCUGCCUCAGCCUCACGCCGGCACACCUACAUUCAAAUAUUUCCUUACUGUUCCUAAUGCAUCCCGUGGCAAUCACGUCGUGAACGCGGGCAACUCUUCGACCUCUCAUAUUUUUGAUGCAUCUACUGGUGUUGCUGGAUCCGGUGCUGAACGCGACGCCAUCGAGGCCCUUAUCGCCAUGGGCUCCAUGUAA